AUUUGUCAUAACUUCAAAAGUUCGUUGUGGUGUGAACCAAGUUGAUGUUUCUAUGAAACAAGAAUAAUCUAGCCUUUUUAAAUACGUCAAGAUGCCGAGGACUUAUAAAAGAGAUCCGAGGGCCAAACAUCACCGCCCUGUUGAUGAAGAAGCCAUAAAACGAGCACUAGAUGCCGUGGCAAAAGGCAUGUCUAUUAGAAAAGCUGCAGAGCAGUUUAAAAUCUCAAAAUCAGCGCUGCACCGAUACGCAAAAAAAGCAAGAAGUGGACGAAAGUUGACUUUUAAAAAGAAAGGGGGACAGACCGCAUUGGACUCAAAGUUAGAGCAAGAAAUCAGUGCUAGCCUAUCUAAGUGUGGUGAAUGGGGUUAUCCUCUGAGUACAUUUGAUGUCCGGUGUUAUGUUAAGUAUCAUUUGGAUAGAGAAGGGAAGAAUGUAUCAAAAUUUAAAAAUAACUUUCCUGGUGCAGACUGGGCUGAUGGGUUUUUAUCAAGACACAAGGCCAUUCUGUCCCAAAGAAUGUGCCAAAACAUUAAAAGAAGUAGAGCGAAAUUAUCUCCAAAAGUAAUCAAUGACUAUUUUGAUGAGUUGAAGGACACUGUUACAGAUGUUCCUCCCGAUAUGAUAAUCAAUUAUGAUGAGACUGCGUUGUCCGAUGACCCAGGCCGUCGCAAACUAAUUUUUAAAAGGGGUUGUAAAUACCCUGAGCGAGUUGUGAACAAAAGUAAGAGCAAUGUGUCUGUGAUGUUUGCUGCCACUGCUUCUGGCAAAAUGCUGGCUCCUUACAUAAUUUAUAAAGCCACUAACUUGUACGAUUUAUGGUGCCAAGGUGGACCUCCAGGAUGCUUUUACAACCGCACCAAGUCAGGUUGGAUUGACGGAAACACAUUUUUAGAUUGGUUUCAGAGAGUUGUCAUCCCGUACUGUCGCAGAUCAAAUGGGAAAAAAGUUGUAAUAGGUGACAACCUAAGUUCACAUUUGUCACCGGUUAUUAUUCGGCUAAGUGAACAAAACAACAUCCAGUUUGUUUUUCUGCCGGCUAAUUCAACCCAUUUGACGCAGCCCCUGGAUAUAGCACUGUUCGGUCCCAUGAAAAAAUGCUGGCGUAAUGUUAUGGAAGAAGCAAAAUUUCGUGAAAGGAAUAGCAAUGCCUUUGAUAAGAGAUAUUUUCCAUCUCAUGUGAGGAAAGCCCUACAAAAACUAGAGCCUAACUUACAGAAAGACAUCAUUGCAGGUUUUGACAAGGCAGGAAUUUUUCCUCUUAACCGAAAACGUGUGUUGGACCGGCUGCCCCCUGAGCUGUGUGAGGAUGAAGAUGUUGAUGGCAGUCAGGCUAAUAGCAGCACUAGUGUAAAUGACAGUUGA